CCGUAUAUAAACCGAACAGGGUGGUAAUGUCCAGCCAUUCAGUUCCCAAUCAGCUGAGCGCAACAACACCAUGAACUCCCUGGUCGCCGUCUUUCUUUUGGCCGCUGUGGCCGCCAGCCACGCGUCCGUCAUCGGCUUGGGGGCCACUCUGGUCGGGCCCGCCAACCCCGGAGCCGUCCUUAAGGGCCCCGCCGCCCACGCCGCCCUCGUAGGGCCCGACGGCAGCCACAUUUCUGCAGCCGCCCAAGCUGGAGCCCUGGCCGCCGCCCCCAUCCCCGGAGGCGCCGUCAGUGCGGCCGUCUCCCCCGGAGUUGUCGCAGUGGGACAUGGGCUCGGACAUGGCGCAAUUCUCGCCGCCCCCGCCGUCGCCAUCGGACAUGGGAGCUGGGGACUUGGACUGGGCGGACAUGGGCUGUGGGGACAUGGGUGGUAAAAGCCGGAUUUGUGUACUCGAUAGGUUCGAUAAAUAAAUUUGCAAUUUUUUAUACA